AUGUCAAUCAACAUGAAUGCGAACUUUCUGAAACUUCUCACCCAUUUCCGGCGACAAGAUUUGGUAAGAAUUAGUGAUUACUGUAAUAGACGGGCACUGGUUCAUCAAAACGAUAAAUCUCAGCUGCCUGUGGAGGUAUCAAAAAGUUGUCAACUGAUAAAAUGCUUAGAAAGGCAUUUUGCACAUUUCAUCAGUUGACACCGUUUUGAUAUCUUUACAGACAACUGAGAUAUAUUGCCUCGAAUAAAAGCUACUUGGAUGCCCUUAUCUUCGUCUUCUUUUCGACGGUUUAGUACACAAGAACUUGUCCGAACCGCAAAAGUUGUACUUCAAGGACAGUCUCCGUUUUCCACCACAAAGAUAUCAUCUUUUUCUGUGGCCGCCCGUCUGACCCACUUUUCGUGUGUCCCGAACAAUUAGACAAACAAUCGAUCCAUUAGGAAGAAAUAGAAAAGUGUUGACUUUAAAAAAAAAAAGAAGGAGAAAUGGAUACACUGUAAACAGGUAAAUUUGCAGUCAAACUUCAAAAAAGAGCACGAUGAAUUGUACGAGAAGGCGCGCGAAUCGGGCGAUCAUUUGGAGGUGACCACCCAUUAUUACAGUGUUAUGAGCACUGUCAUCGACGAGUAUUUCGGCGGCAAUUUCCAUUUUGUACCGCCCAAAUACGAGGGGCAGAAGCUCGAGGAGGCGUUGAAGUCGCUGCAUCAGUGAGUUAAGACUUUUAAAGAGCAUAAACUCCAGUGUUAGUUUAAAAUGACGGAAAUGUUGUGCUCAGGCACAUUGGCGAGAAGCUCGGACUGUCCGAAGACGUGCAUUGCCUCGACAUUGGCUGUGGAAUCGGCGGCGUCAUGCUGGACAUUGCCGAUUCGGGAGCCAAAUUGACCGGAGUCACGAUUGCUCCGAACGAGGCCGACAUCGGUGAGCUAUUUUGCUUUCAAAAUAUCCGAUAAGUUUGUUUAGGAAAUGAGAAGUUCGCCAAUUUGGGUCUCUCGGAUCGCUUGAAUAUCGUCGCUGCCGAUUGCCAUAAAAUGCCUUUUGGUUUGUUGUCUUUUUUUUUACAAAACAACUUUUUAUGUCGUUCAGAGGACGCCAAAUUCGACGUCGCCUACGCAAUUUACUCGCUCAAAUACAUUCCGAGUCUCGAGAAGGUAAUGAAGGAAAUCCAGAGAGUUCUGAAGCCCGGCGGGAAGUUUAUCGUCUACGAUCUCAUCAAAACCAACGAUUACGAUGAGAACGACGAGGAGCACGUAAAGGUAUAAAAGAAAGAGAAAGUCUAGGCGACGGGGAGCGUCUUGCAGACCCUGUACCAUCUCGAGUACGCGUGCGGAAUGCCGUCUCUUCACACCCAAAAAGAAGUGGAAGAAUCGGCGGAAGCAUCCGGAAUGCCUCUGAUCGAACGGGAGAAUUUGGAAGAAACCUACGGAAAUCGCGCGUUUCACUAUUGUUUUUCGUCGAGCCCGUUGUUCAUGUGGCUGGUGAGCAGUCCAGUUAUCGGUGGGUUUUACGGGCUCGACGAGAAAGUGGACAAUAGAACGUUUGCAGAUCAUACAAUCCGAAUGGCCGAGAUAAUGAGAAUUCUGCCGGAAGGCUUCAAACAAUUCAACCGAACAUUUCUAUGCGGGACCGUGAACAGCAUUGUAGAGGGCGGACGAAUGGGCAUUCUUUCCGGAGCGAAUAUUCUACUUUUUCAGAAGAACAUGGUCUAA